CCUUGCGCUGCUAGCCGAGCUCCCGCACAAGAGCGCCGGGCCCAACAGGAGGCAGAGGCUGCGGCUAACCCCCCGGCACCGUAGGUGAACCGAGCACGCUCACGCGUACUAUAAUCCCCACCAAGGCGAACCCUCAAAGGUCGGAACGAUGUCUUCUAGAAGAACGACGCGGCCCGUUGUUCCGCUCGUCCCGUGUGUCCUGCUCUGGUGUCUGGUGACCUCCACACUGGCCAUCGAUCCCGAUCUGGUGGGCGACUUCUGUGCUGCCCGCAGGGACCCCUGCUGUCGCGGCCGCAUGGACGACUGCUCGGUUCCCAUCCUGGGGACGGUGUGCUACUGCGACGUCUUCUGCGAGCGGCCGGGCAACGGGGACUGCUGCCCCGACUACCCGAGAGUGUGCAAGGGUAUCAUCGAGCCCCCGCCACAAGUGGUCCAACUCGAGUGUGUUGUCGACGGUGCGCGGUACUACGUGGGCCAGACGGUCAACGUCGACUGCAACAGAUGCACCUGCCGCAACGUGUCGGAUCGCCACGCCCAGCUCCAGUGCGAAGACCGAGUGUGCAUCAACAGGCAGGAGCUGAUUAGGCAAAUCAACAACGGCAACUUCGGGUGGCAGGCAACAAACUAUUCGUUCUUCCAAGGCAAGCUUCUGGACGAAGGCAUCCGCUACAGGCUAGGCACCCACCAACCAGAGAGACCGACUGUCGAGAUGAGCGAGCUGCACCUGAAGAAGCGCGAGCAGCUGCCCGAGGAGUUCGACGCUCGCAUCCGAUGGCCGGGCCUGGUGCACGGGGUGCGGGACCAAGGGGACUGCGCCUCGUCUUGGGCAUUCUCCACUGCAGCUGUGGCUUCCGAUCGGCUGUCGAUCCAGUCCCGAGGCGUGGACAAGGUGGAAGUGUCCCCGCAAGACCUUAUGUCCUGCCUCAACGGAGGACGCCGAGUCGUCUGCCAAGGUGGACACGCUGACCGCGGCUGGAGGUUCCUCGUCAACUACGGUGGUGUUGCCGAGGAGUGCUACCCGUAUGAAGGCGCGCGAAACAACGCCAGCGCCACCUGCCGCAUUCCCCGGCGACGCGUCCCUACCGAAGACGCGCAAUGCCCCACGGGAAGGACGGACCAGAAGUACUUCUCUACUCCGCCUUACAGGGUACCCGCUAACGAGGAAGACAUUAUGCAGGAGAUCUACGCCAACGGCCCUGUCCAAGCACUGAUCCUGGUGAAGGAGGACCUCUUCCUGUACCGCUCGGGCGUCUACAAACACACACGCAUCUCGGAGUCCCUGCCAACCGAGUUCCGCAGGAGUGGGUGGCAUUCGGUCCGCAUUCUCGGGUGGGGAGUCGACAGGUCUCAGUACCGUCCGAUCAAGUACUGGCUCUGCGCCAACUCGUGGGGCCAUGCCUGGGGCGAGAACGGCUACUUCCGCAUUGUGCGGGGUGAGGACGAAAGCCAGAUCGAGUCCUUCGUGCUGGCCGUAUGGGGCCGCAGCUACGCCUCCUACUACCGGCAGCAGGGGUCACAGCAACGGGAGCGAGAGUAUGACGGAUACCCCGGCGGCUACCCUGGCUACCCGCCUAACGAGCUCAGCUAAACCCCACCACCCAACCUCUACCAUCGCGGUGCAUGCACACCUUUACGUGCCUCCGUUUCCCACUAAACCAGGGCCGGAGUGCGCAUAUGUACACUUCAUCAGAACUGACCGUAAAUCAUUGCACAUGCAUUCUAAAGUCUGAACUACCACACAAACAUGAGAAAACGUUACAAUGCGACAGAAACAUGCCACUUGGCGGAACAAUGGCAUUAGGUUAUUUAAAUACACUGUGCCUGGAAUUGCUUUGCAAGGAUCUUUCUCAAAUUUAAAUGUUGCACCUUCAUGCGCCAAAGCUUCUCAUUCUAUGUAUGAAAUGCAAGCCAUGUGUCCCUAGACAGACGCCUUGUACAAAAUCAGAUGAAGUAGACCGAGUUAUGGUGGCUUCAAACAACGAGACUGCAUUUUCAUGACACUGGGCGCUGCCGAACAACAUGCUGCUCCGACACAUUAGGUUGAAACCAUCUGCAUGGUUUAUGCCCUCCAGCCAGCCUCCGUGCCAUUUGAUUCUGACAAGGCUGCAGAGAGUUCUCAAUGUUGUUGAAUUUCUGCUUUAAGACAGCACAUCCACAUACGCGCAAUAAACUUGUUACAUCUAAUAUGGCCACAUACUGUAACAAAGAGUGUACCAUUGUGAGUUUUAUUUUGCUAAUAGUUUCAACCUUGUCAACCAUCUACUACUUCAUUCUCCAUGCUAUACAACAAGGUCACACUAGAAAGUAUGCCUUACAUGUACUUGUGCAUUAAAGAAUACAAUGUGUUCACAAUCAGGGUCACUGCCUUCUGGUAACAUGACACUGGAACCCUCUCAUGUAGUUUGCUUUUUUUGGUUUUUCAGGAAAUGCAUUUGAAUUCUAUGUAUUAUUACCACAAUGUUUUCUUGCUUCGUUUAUUUACAAGACGUCACAAAUUUUAUUCUUGUCAGUUUAUGCUGACAUUUGGUGUUUCAAGAGUGUUUGCAUUGUUUACAUCCUGGCCUCAGGCCUGUUUUACGAGCUGUAAACAUUUCUCGUAGUUCAAUAAAUGCAUCACUGCCAACACACUGCCAUUGCAAAAGUG